AGAGGGGCGUGUGACUGCUUUAAGUACUGUGUAGCACAUUCUUCAACUGACUUACGAGUGUAUUCUGAUCUGAAAAGCGGUGCAGGCUGAGGCAGAAAAAUCUCUGUGAAACUUUUUGUAGACCGACCCAGGCACACAGGAAGAAGUUUCACCACCGAUCUGAAGAAGAACCCAAGCAGAGAAAGAUGCCAGGUGAACGGCUGACACUACGAAGCACGUCGGAGAUUGGGCGUUUCCCUGGRGUGGCCCUGCCCACCAGGGUGGAGCUCUCCAUUCAGAAGGUGGAGGAGAAGAAGCAGGAGGAGGGAGGCUGCCGUCGAUGGUUCAGGAAGAUCUGUCCGUGUUGCUGUAAGCGCCAAAGCAGCACCUCCUAUGAUAUUACAGAUAAGGUGGAGUGGGCCAAAGGCCCGACCCCCGAACCUGUCAAACCGAUCCCUGAGAAACCAGAGAAUGGGGAAUUGAAGGAAACUGAAGAAGCAAAACUGUCAGUGUGCUCAGUGGACCUGCUAAGCUCCAAGACGGGUCAGAACAGAGUGGAGCACCACACCAAUCUGUACCAUGGAGACGAGCUGAUCAUCCGCCGAGGACAGACCUUCCAGAUAGAGAUGGAGCUCAACCGACCUUUUGAUGCUGACAAUGAUAAGAUGCACCUAGAGCUCAAAACCGGUCUCCUGCCCAAAGUGUCCAAAGGGACCCACGUUAUCAUUCCGCUGGUGGAGCACCUGGAGGACCAGGGCUGGGAGGCCAAGAUUACAGAGCAGAACGGCUGCAAGCUCAAGCUGUCCGUAAACUCUCCUGCCAACGCUGUGAUCGGCCUCUACGGGCUCACCGUGUUGACUCGGUCYCUGAAGGACGAGGCGCCAAACGCUCACUGCUCCAGCAAGAGCGUCAUCCUGCUGUUCAACCCUUGGUGUGAAGAGGAUGUUGUGUUCCUGGAUGAUGAGGAGCAGAGGAAGGAGUAUGUGCUGAAUGACACGGGGAGGAUUUACUACGGCACUGAGAAACAAAUCGGUGCUCGCACGUGGAACUUUGGGCAGUUUCAAGAAGGAAUCCUGGAAGCCUGCCUGUUCCUCCUGGAGAAGAGUGACAUGUCCCCAUCUGGCCGAGGGGAUCCUGUCAAUGUGGUCAGAGUCAUAACUGCCAUGAUAAAUGCUCAGGAUGACUUUGGUGUCUUGGUUGGGAACUGGUCAGGGGAUUACACUGGAGGCACCUGUCCAGCGGCGUGGAGCAGCAGCGUGGAGAUCCUGAGGACAUACCAUUCCACCAAUGGAACCCCUGUCUGUUAUGGGCAGUGCUGGGUCUUCUCUGGGGUCACUACGACGGUGCUGCGCUGUCUUGGCAUACCUUCUCGGAGUGUGACCAACUUCCAGUCUGCACACGACACUGACGUCUCCCUCACGACAGACGUCUAUUUCGACGAGAACAUGGAGCCAAUUGAUCAUCUUAAUAGCGACUCUGUUUGGAACUUCCAUGUGUGGAAUGACUGCUGGAUGGCCAGACCAGACCUUCCUCCUGGUAAUGGAGGCUGGCAGGCUGUUGACUCCACCCCCCAGGAGACGUCUCAGGGCAUCUUCUGCUGCGGCCCCGCCUCCAUCAGUGCCAUCCGCUCUGGUCACGUGUACCUCAAACACGACACACCUUUUGUCUUUGCUGAGGUCAACAGUGAUAAAAUCUACUGGAAAAGGAACCAGGAUGGUACAUUCAGCCAGGUCUAUAGUGAGAAGAAAGCUGUCGGCCACUGYAUCAGCACCAAAGCAGUGGGCUCUGAUGAACGAGAGGACAUCACAAACCUGUACAAACAUCCAGAAGAUUCAGAGGAGGAACGCAUUGCCGUGGAGACAGCAAGUCGCUACGGCAGCAAGCCAGACACCUACUGUGCUGCCGCGGCAGAGGAUGUGCGUGUGGAGGUGAAGAUAGACGGCGAGGGGCCCAAGAUGGGCUGUGACGCCAAGCUGAGCAUUGUGGUAAAGAACCAGAGCUCGGAGCCCCGUCGGACCACUCUGCACAGCCAGGUGGCUGUCAUGCACUACACUGGUGUGCUGAAGAACGCCAUCAAAAAGGAUCAGAUACCUGUGGAGCUUCUACCCAAUGAAGAGAAAAAGAUUGAAUGGAUCUUACCCUACCAGGAGUACCAGAACCAGUUGGUGGAUCAGGCAGCUCUGAUGCUGUCUCUGUGUGGAAGAGUCACUGAAACCAAGCAAGUGUUAGCCAAUCAGACGAGCUUCAGGCUCCGAACACCUGACCUCAGCAUCAAGCCUCUGGGUGAUGCUGUAGUUGGGAAGGAGAUGUCGGCCAAGAUCACCUUCACCAACCCGCUGCCGUGUACACUGAAGGAUGUUGUGUUCAGAGUGGAGGGCCUGGGCCUUCAGAAGGGCCAUGAAGUGCUUAUAGGUGAUGUCGGUGGUCACGCCACCUUGACGCUGACAGAGCACUUCAUCCCCUCUCAACCCGGACCCAAGAAGCUGGUCGCAUCCCUCGACUGUAAACAGCUCACUCAAGUGCACGGAGUGGCUGACAUUGUUGUUCUUGACCAGUGAGAGGAAACCAGGCAGUUCAGCAUUCCUCUCAUUACUUUUUCAUUUGAGGAUUUAGCCUGAGAGCUUCUAAACAUGAAGCGGCUGAUAAACAAGUGCAAACAGAGCACACAAAAUACUAGGAGGAGGAUAUGCUAAUCAUUUAGCAUCCCCAGUGGGAUUUACCAAACCUGAAACUGAUUGCGAUGGUUAGACUGGCUGCCUCCACAGUAACAACCAAUAGCGCGGUCCGCACCACUUUUGCCCACUAAUAUCACUUACAAUUUUAUUUAGUUUGGGCAGCAAUUUAACCCUGGUUAUUUGGGAUCUUAGUAAAUCAGCCCCACAGUGUGUGUCUUGUUUAUAUUCUUUUUAUAAUAUCCUGAAAAGACAAUAAUUGUAGAAUUAUCAGUAUUUUUAUUAUUACUAUUAUUAUUUAUAACUUUAAGUAUUUUAAACUUACAUUUCUGACUUGCUGUCWUGAAAUAGACAGCAGGCUUUUAAAAUGAGAAAGGUGCUUUACAUAAAAGCAUGCGAGCGUUGAAGUUAUAAAUCUGUUCUUACAAAGGUGCAAUUUAAAACCACUGAACAAAUCACAUGAAAGUGCUGUGUCACGUGUCUAAAUGUGAAAAGUGUUGAAAGGAUCGUCACACGGUUGAAAUGGAGGAGGUGCAAAGAAAAUCCUGAUGAAAUCGGCCUCCAAGAUUAAAUAUGACAACAGUCACACAACAGAAUUUUUACAAACUGAUAAAAACAAAUCAUUUUUGUGGCUAGAAUUGUUUAUCUAUAAGGAGAAACAUCAUUUUGUGAGUCGUGUUGGUGCUCUGAUAAUCUUGUUGUUGAACGCCAAAUGCCCUCCAUCCAAUAGAUGUAAGUUUGUGUUAUUUGUAUGUUUGUCCAUCGUUUGUGAACAAUUACAGUGAACGCAGAUUUCUUGCAAAUCAAAGCAGAGGAGCACUCAUGCUGAGCUUCUCCUGGUUCUAGUCAUUUUUUAUCUUUAGCACUCUACAAUGUGAAAAAAAAAACUAAAUAUUAACCAUUAUUUAUCUUAUGUAUUUUUGUAUAAUCUAUGUUGUGACUCUAAUAAAACUCUGUAAAUUUUUGA